CGUGGAACAAGGGAAAGAGUAUUAAUUUUCAAUCUUUAUUCAUAUGCAUCUUUCUCUGGUUAUCUGCUUUUCCCUUGCAAUGGAGAAUUGGAGCAAAACAAGUUUUUUUUCCCUUCAAAACCUCUUAUUUCUCUUCUUCUUCAUCCAAUACCUUGUCGUUCCAGUUACAGGGGAUGCCCCGGUUACCCCUUACGACCCUGUAGAAACCAUCACGAUUGAUUGUGGUUCUUCCGAGGGUGGCACAUCUCUGGAUCAACGUCCUUGGUUCGGAGAUGGCAGUGGGAAAUUCAGCCUCAUAGAGCAACCGAACAAUAAGAACAAGUCACUGGCGAUUCCAUCUCAAUCGCCCUCAUCAGUUGAUACGGUCCCUUACACUACAGCUCGUGUAUCUUAUUCAGAGUUCACCUACUCAAUUCCCCUCACCACAGGGCCAAAAUUCAUUCGCUUCUACUUCUAUCCAACUUCAUAUUCAGGCUUUGGAGACCCUUCUAAUAAAGCUUUCUUCUCUGUUAAAGCUGGUCAGUUUACCCUUCUUCGGAAUUUCAGUGCCGUGCUUCAUGCUCCAGGUGAACAUCCACUCGUCAAAGAAUAUUGUGUACACGUUGAUGAAGGUCGGCGGUUAAACUUAACUUUCAUCCCAAGUCCUGAUAUCGCUGCUUCUUAUGCCUUCAUCAAUGGUAUCGAAGUUGUUUCCAUGCCACCCAAUCUAUAUUAUGGAGCAGUCGGUUAUGAAGAUGGAGUACCUUUUCUAGGCCAGGACCAGGGAAGCUUGUACCACGUAGAAAACUACACCGCAGUUGAGCUGAUGUAUCGAAUCAACGUCGGCGGGAGCUUCAUCUCGCCGAACGACGACACUGGGAUGUUCAGGACCUGGUUAAAUGACGAAGUCUAUUUGACAAUAGCGAAACCAAGUGCUCUUCCUGUUAAUACCAGUGUUAAUCUCACCUUCAGCAGUAUACCAUCGUUCUCUGCUCCAAGGAAAGUUUAUCUGACUGCAAGAUCCAUGGGGACGAACAAGAACGAGAAUGAGAUCUAUAACCUGACAUGGGAGUUUCCGGUUGAUUCUGGGUUCAAUUACUUAGCAAGGUUACAUUUUUGCGAGUUCCAGAGAGAGGUAACGAAACUAAGCGAUAGAGACUUCAAGAUUUUCUUGGCUAAUUUAACUGCAGAAACUCAAGCAGAUGUUAUAGCUUGGAGUGGUGGAAACGGGGUUCCAAUAUAUCGGGAUUAUGUUGUUCCAAUAGGAAGAAAAGGAAAUCAAAAGCAGCAAAAUCUCUCUAUUGUUUUGUAUCCUUCGCCAGCUUGGAGAACUCUUUAUUCUGAUGCAAUAUUGAAUGGGGUAGAAAUCUUCAAAUUGAGCAACGGUUUUGAUUUAGCAGGACCCAAUCCUGAUCCAAUCAGGAUAAUUCAACUAACAAAUUCACCACCGACCUCGACCAAAUCCAAUGACGAUAAGAAACCAGUAUUCGACAUUGUGGGGGGCGUAAUAUCGGGCUUCGUUGUUCUGUCUCUUCUUUGUUUCUUCUUUUUCCGUCGAAAGAUGAGACUGAAAGAUGCCGGUUCCAAUAAGGGUAUUCUACAGUCGAGUCAGGUUUCCUCUACAAUGAAAUCAUCCAAGCCACCCGAGUCAUGUGGCUCAUCUCUGCCUUCUGAUCUUUGUCGCUGUUUUUCACUGGCUGAGAUCAAAGGAGCAACCAACAACUUCGACGAUGUUUUCAUUGUCGGUUUCGGAGGCUUCGGCAACGUGUACAAAGGAUUCAUCGAUGGUGGUUCCACCCAAGUUGCAAUCAAGCGGUUGAACCCGGGGUCUCAACAAGGUGCUCAUGAAUUCAGGACCGAGAUCGAGAUGCUUUCCCAGCUACGACACGUUCAUUUGGUAUCAUUGAUAGGCUACUGCAAUGAUGGCGGCGAGAUGAUCCUCGUAUACGAUUACAUGUCCCGUGGGACACUUCGUAAUCAUCUUUACAACUCCGACAACCCUCCACUUCCAUGGAAACAAAGGCUAGAGAUUUGUCUUGGUGCCGCAAUCGGGUUGCAGUAUCUUCACUCAGGUGCUAAACACCCAAUCAUUCAUCGAGAUGUCAAGACAACAAAUAUCCUGUUGGAUGAGAAAUGGGUGGCUAAGGUUUCGGAUUUCGGGUUGUCUAGAAUUGGCCCCACGAACAUGUCCCAAACCCAUGUCAGCACGGUUGUUAAAGGCAGCUUAGGUUAUUUGGAUCCCGAGUAUUCCCGUCGAGGACAACUAACUGAAAAAUCCGAUGUUUAUUCAUUCGGAGUGGUCCUUUGUGAAAUAUUAUGUGCUAGGCCACCACUCAUCCGGUCGGCCGAGAAGGCUCAGAUAAGCUUAGCACCAUGGUUCCAACAAUGCCGUCAAAAUGGAACACUAGACAAAAUCAUCGAUCCAUUUUUGAAAGGUAAGAUUGUGCCCGAGUGUUUGAAAAAGUUCACUGAAGUGGUAAUGAAUUGCUUGGAUGAUGAAGGAACAGAGAGGCCAUCGAUGGAUGCUGUGGUAUGGGGCCUACAGUUCGCACUGCAAUUGCAAGAACUUGCCGAGGAGGAGGAGGGGCAUAUGGCAAAUGCCGGUGCCGGCAUCGUUGCCGAGACCCCUUUUACAGGCUACGAAAUGGAAGAUGACAGUGAGGAAGUGUUCAGUAGCAUUGGCGAUCAUGUCAUGAAUUCCAAGAGCAUUAGUACUUUCAAUUUGACAACAAGUGAUGAACAAAGUUUUAUGACAGAAGAUUCUGAUAAAAACACGACCAAGGCAGUGUUUUCCGAGAUUAGAGAUCCCCAAGGACGAUGAUCGAAACAUGCAAGCUUGUUGAUGAGGAAUCUCGAGAGUAAUGCCAAGUCCAUUUUAGAAAGAUCCAAUAGAUUUCAAGGUAGUUUCAUGUAUGUUUAGAUAAAUUGCAUCUAUAAUCUUCAAUAUUAACCUA